GUCACACCCGCAAAUUAAUUGCCCCUUCUACCCUCCGCUAAUCUUCUUCAAAACCAAACCAUCUCAUGUCUUUGGACACAUCACACAGCCAAAGAUAGAAAAAACACGUCAGGUAUCACAGUGAGCUUGGCAUGCCACCGGUUACUCUGGAUUCCCUCUUGCGCGGCCGCGGCGGCGAGCCGGAGGAGGCUUGCGAAGACGAGUUCUCGUGCUCCGACGACGGCGACGGCGGUGAGGAAUGCGGCGGCGAGGGUGAUGACCCGUACUGGCCCGUGGAGUCGCUGUGGCUCAGGAUCGGGGAGGACAUCGACUGGAGCGAGGUCGGGGCGGUGCUGGAGCGGGAGGACUCCACCAAGGGCGCCUCCAACCCCAAGUCGGCAUGCGCGCGCGCCAGCUGCUGCGCGGCGGCGCCGGGGUGCGCCGGGGGAGGAGGAGGCGGGGCGACGCCGACGCUGACGAUGAAGGCGGUCGUCAUCGCCGGGCUGCCGGCGGCGUCGGGGAAGGCCUCGCGGGAGCACUUGCGGCGGCAACGACGUCGCUGCCGCGCCGCCCGCGCGAGGGUGUUCGACGGGGAGGCCGCGGAGAUAGCGGAGCCCCGGUCGCCCAAGGUGUCCUGCCUCGGCGGCGUCCGGUCGCAGGCGCAGCAGCAGCAGCCGCCGUGCCGUCCCGCCGGCGCAGCAGCAGCAGUAGCAGGGAGGCGUCGCUGGUGGCUGCGCAUGGUGAGCGCCGCGUGCUGGAGCGCUCCGCGCGCGCAGCCGGAGCACCAAGGGGAGGCGGCGUCGAGUUGAUCACUACUAGUUUGGGUCAGGAAUUAAUUGUUGGAAGCCUUGAAUUAGUUUUGUUAAUUUUCUUCCUUUGAUGAUCUGAUUUAGUUUCUUGUAAGUACAUCUCAAAGCUGGGUACUUGGAUCCUGACAUGGCCCUCGAUCGAUCUGCCUUUACACCUUUUUGUUCGCUGAUGAGUUGUGUUCUCGAGUCUCAAAGUUUGUGGUGUUCAUCUAUUGUGUUAUACUGUACAGAUAAUUAUAUAUUUUUUUCUGAGACAAACAUAAUUAGUCAGAGUUAUGGAUAAGUAUUGUGC